AUAAUCACAAUCCAAUUAUCUUCUUCAAAGAUGUUACAUGAAUGUUUGAGAUGGAAAAGCACAGCGUAGGUCUAGCAACGCAGAUCCUAGUAAUGGCGAUCGUGAUCUCCGUGAUCCUGCUGUUCCUAGGCAUGGGCGUGCUGGUCCUGAUCCACGUGUGGAUCGUGGGGCGGACGCUGAGGAACGACGUUGGUAGUGAUCAGAGGAGAAACGCGGUGGAGAGGGAGAGCUUGGGGAGCACGAGCAUGUCUCGGGACGACAUAGAGAAGCUACCGUGCUUUGACUUCGCGGCCAAGGCUAAAGGCAGCAGCCCGGCAGGGGACUGCGCCGUGUGCUUAGAGAAGUUCAGGGCCGGGGAGAGAUGCCGGCUGCUGCCCUCGUGCAACCACAGCUUCCACGCGGAGUGCGUGGAUUUGUGGCUGCUGAGGGCUCCCGUUUGCCCAAUUUGCAGAGCUGUGGCUGCUGAGGAAGAAGGAGGUGGUGUUGAGGUGAGGGAGGAGGGUUUAUAAUGUUUAGGUUAUUCAAAAUCAUGAGUUUUCUGUAUUUGGAGUGAAUGUGUGAUACAUUUUGUACAUAAAAAUUCCAAAUAGUGAAAGAAAUUUACUCUUCGUCUGUCGUUAAGAGUCA